AUGGCAUACGAUGGCUUUCAGCAUGAUUUUAAUCCUUACGGCCAGCCGGACAAUGCCAAUCCUAUAAACCCUUCGGAGGGCCACCCAUCGUCCUACGAUCCUCCUUAUCCAUAUCAGUCCGCGUCUGAGCAACUCAAUAUGCCUCAACCGCAAGCCCCAAUGAAUGCUCCCCAUCCUCAGGGUUACUAUCCUGAACCACUGCGCGAGCAGACAUCCUGGCCCCCUCCACCUCCACCCCAAACGGGUCGCAUCAACGACGCAGUGAACUCAGCCGUCGGAAACAGUGGUGCCCCAUCAUCCUAUGUGUCGCCCGAUCUCGUGGCGCAGAUAACGGCAAAUGUGAUACAACAGCUUGGAGCGGCCGGCAUCAACAGCCCAGUCAGCAACCAACACCCUGCUCAGCCGCCCCCCCCGCAAUGGGGAUCGCCUCAGCCAUAUCAAAACCCUUCAGCACCACAUACCCCUGUAAUUUCGCACAGUACACCCUCGCCAUCCGUCCCGGUAUAUCAGCAGCCUCCUCCGCCUCCCGACUUCUCAGGUGCUCCCCACUUACACCCCAGACCGAGCCCAACCCCUCCUCAAGAGACAAGGGAAUCGCCUGCCAGUCAGUUUAGCGAUAACGGCCAAAGAGGGGAUCCACGCCCGAAGGCUCCUCAGAGGACCGAUACAUUCCCAACAACUUUAGAGAAGAUAUGGGGAAGGCUCUUUCACGAGGGUAAGCCAACUGAAAGGCUGGGACAGUUUUUGCGUGGCAUCGCAAUGCAUUUGAUCGAGAAUUAUCCUCCUGGGAACACCCUGGUUGUAGUGCCGGACAAACUCCAGAAGUUCUACGCAGAUACUAACAUUGCCUCAGAUCCUUACCCAUGGCAAGAUAUUUUCGACGACCGAACGUCCUCAAUUUCGAGGUUAUUCCGUGAUGUCGAAGCUGAGCAUCAUCUGGUGCAGGUCAAGCUGGACGAGAGACCUGACAUUCCUGGUCUCACCCCGCGAGGGUUUGAGGUUUUCGCUACGCUGAUGAUUCAAGCACAUCCGGACAAAGAAUAUGAGCGGUUGCAGAAAGCCGUACUGAACAUGCCAAUCAGCAACCCAGACAACAGAAAAGAGCGAUUCCCGAAAGAAAUACCCCGGCGGCUAUUCCCAGAAACGCCCGAUCUUCGUUUGCGCGAUCUGCUUGACCAGCAUAUCAUGAAACACUGUGGCGUGGAACUGCCACCAAUUAGCGACGAAGAGAUCGAGAAGGUCGCUGCCCAGCGUCACAAGUCGUCUGCAAGCCCUGGUGUCUCUAUCGCAGAAUCGACUCACCCGGCGAGUCACUCUGUGAAUCACUCAGCGAAUGAACGGGACAAGAAAGGAUACCGCCCGCCAAGUGUAGCUGUUGUCGAUGAUGAGGACGAAGAACAAUCUCCUCCUGCUAUUGAACGAACGCGCAAGCCCUACUCUGCGAACCCAGGAGGAGGGAAAGUAUAUGAAGGACCGGGAACUCCUACACACCGGCAUGCAAAUUCAUUCUCCACGAGCUCAGGUGCCAAAGAUGGCCGGCCCUCAGCGGCUCGUGUUACUCGUUCUCCUCCAUAUCGUAGCGGGUCUACAGGCCCUAGACGCCCCAGAGCAGACACAUCCACGCGAUCCAGGAGUCAUUCGCGCGGAUUCCACCCCAGCCAUGACUACAGGCGCUCGGAGCCUGACCUCAUGGAUGGUCCACGGAAUCCAGGACCAACGCCGAGCGGGGACUACUACUACGACCAGCCGUCUUCGUCGGCGCACACAGGCGAUCUGCUUGACCAGUACCGCGAACUUGACAGGGGUGCAGAAGACCAGAGACUCUACGAACAGAUCCGCGAGCGUGAAAAGGAGCGCGAGAAGAGCAAGUAUCAUGAUACCCUUCCCUCGCGGUCUACCUGGUCAGGCGACGAAGAUUACUACCGCGGUUUGCUAGGUGGACAAGGUGGUGGACCAGUUGGGCCGGGAUACGACUACAAGAGCUAUCGGUAA